AUGUACAGUGUGAAAAGGGAUUAUGCAAUGGCUUUGGUGCAAGCACGAUCGGGUCGGUUAAUUUGGGGGAAGUUACGCGGGGGUCUUGAGGGAUGUAGACAGUUACACUGCCACAAAUCGACACCAGUGACUUGCGCACGACAGAAGGCGAAACGCAAGUCACUGACAGGAGAAAAAGAUAAAUUCACCGACACAAGCCGAGACACAAACCGACAGGAAACGAAGCGAAACACUGGCAGCAGCGAAAUCCGCUUCGAGCAACCAAAGCCUUCAGACUAUAAGUAG